AUGCAGCCCGCCCGCCGUGACGUUUUAGCGCUGUACAAGCGGAUUUUACGUUUUGGCCAAGCGUUCGAAUCGAAAGACCCGGCGCUGACCGCCGAACAUCGCCAGGAAAUUCUUACCGAGGCCAAGGAGCGAUUUCGGGACAAUGUGCAGCUGUCCGACGUGAAGCGGAUCGGCGAGUUGAUGGACGAGGGGCGGACGCGGAUGGAGUUGGCUCGCCACUACGGCAUCCCCACGGCCCGUCCCGUCUAUUUGGCACCCGGCACUGCUUUUAAAAAAGCGAAAGGCAAAGAGGCCAUCUACCGAUCCCGGCCGCUGCACGAGCGA